AUGUCGUAUGAAAAUACUGGUGGUGCUUGUAAGAAUGAGGUUAAACGAAUGCUUAGUGUUUUCACUAUGUGGAUUUUGAAGGCAAACCGGAUGUGGGGGAUGCUGCUGCUGAAUUGGGAGAUGCUGGGAGAUGAGAUUGGGAAAGGAGCUUAUGGUCGAGUUUACAAAGGUUUGGACCUGGAGAAUGGAGAUUUUGUUGCCAUUAAACAAGUUUCUUUGGAGAAUAUUGCUCAGGAAGAUCUCAACAUCAUCAUGUUUCGGUACGGGGAUGCAGAGGAACAAACACACGUGGCCAGGUGCAGAUCAGAAAUAGACCACCAGAGUAGACUAGGACACACUGUCACUGAUGCAAAGCAAAUGCUGUCACAGCUGGAGAUGGAGAUGUCAAAAUGCAACUGCCAUUCCCUCAUCGUUGGCAGCUUUAUCCAUUAUGUACCCUCAUGUGCCAGUGUUCCUCUACCUUAUACUAGCAUGCCUCCGAUUUUGGAGUACACAUGCUUCAAAGCAUAUGUCCUGAUGGUCCCUUUGGGUGAGGUUGACUUUGGUCUAGUUGAAAAUGAGAGUGAUGGUCAAGGGGUUGCAUUGUUAGGGUGGCAAUUGUCAAUAAGAAUUGUUGUGAAAAUCACCAAUGUUGCCACCAUCAAUGCCGAGGCUUGUAAAUUAGCAGUUGUCGCGGUAUUGGGCAUGGCAGAGGCAACAAGGUUUCAAGGUGUUGUAAAGUCAGAGUCCAGGUGCACGGGUCAGUGA